UAUAUUAUUCCAGCCCAGUUGGAAUUUAGAUUUUGUCCACUAGAUGCCAGCAGUGUAUGUGCAAAGUUGUAGACUGAACUAAUAAACCAUUGCAUUUCUAUUCAAAACUUUGUAUCAAGACUACCCAAAUGUGCCUAAUUGGUUUAUUAAUAACUUUUCAAGUUCAAAACUGUGCACUCUCCUCAAACAAUAGCAUGGUAUUAUUUCACUGUAAUAGCUACUGUACAUUAGACAGUGCAGUUAGAUUAACAAGAAUUUAAGCUUUCUGCCAAUAUCAGAUAUGUCUAUGUCCUGGGAAAUGUUCUUGUUACGUGGACGGAACACCGAUCCUGAAUUAAUAUAUUCAAAAGCCCUUGAUUGUCUUGUGCAUCAACUCAGUUCAUCUUCACUGCCUGCGGAAUAUUUAAUCCUUAAAUAAAACAAUGGUGAACAAAGAGAGAAUAAUUAAAUGUCUCUUCUGAAAUCAUCCCUUUUCAAACAUCCACUGAUUAAUUAAGUGUUUAACCUUAGAUUAAUAAUAGACUGGAUUCUGCUGCUUUAAUUUCACUCUGUUUUCGUGACAAUAAAAUAGAGUAUGCUUGACCUUUGAACAUGAUGGAUUAUUGACAGUAUUCCAAAACACAGAUCCAGAACGUCUUAAAAGCCACUAGUGCCUUUGCAUAAAUAUUUUCAUCGAUGGAAAAUUGAUAAGAUCACUCCACGUCGCAGUCCCUUUCUUCUAAAAGUGUAGACUACAUAUCCUAGCUACCUCCCUCCAUUUAACAGCCCUCCAACUCUUUAUUGCUCUGCGCAUCCUAGCCAAGCGCGCGAGUCCGAAAGCAAUUCAAGAUGAUGUCAAUGGAGAGGCGCACCCUCGUUCCGAAUCCAGAGAGAGAGAGAGAGAGAGAGCGCACGCAGUGUAAACGCACAGUCCGCCUGCGCUCUUGGGUCUUUUUGGAGAUGUCUGUGUUUAACCACUCAAAUCUAUCAGGCGGAAACGCUCCGGACCCGGACUACAAGUGGACGUAUGAAUAUUACGACGAUGAUGAGCCUGUUUCGUUCGAGGGACUAAAAGCGCACCGAUAUUCCAUCGUGAUAGGCUUCUGGGUGGGCCUGGCUGUCUUUGUCAUCUUCAUGUUCUUUGUCCUGACGCUUCUCACCAAGACAGGAGCUCCACAUCCCGAAGGAGCUGAGCCCUGUAAGAAGCGUGUUCGUCUGACCAGCUGUGUGGAGGACCUCCGCCCCCCUGCAGACCCUGACAACCGGCCCUGCCUCCAUCGCCCCUUACUAGACUCCUCUCUCAGCCGCUCCCUCUUCCACUGCUACGUCAAUGAGGAACAGGCCCAGGAGGGGUCCAGGCCUAGAGCUGGAACACCCAGAGGAGGGCUUGUCCAGGGGCCAGGGCGAGGCAGGUCAGGCAGCCCAGAGGAGGGGGGUAUGGAAGUAGGUGUCACCCGUGCCCUGCAAGGGGCUGCCAUGUUGGGGGGGAACCGGACUGACCACAGAGAGGCAAUGUCCCUGUCCCACUUCAACAUCCCUAACGUUGUGAACUCCGAGCACUGCUCCACCCUGGGGGCGGACGAUCUGCUGCUGGGGGAGCCGCCAAUCAUCAUGGAGGGGGAGUGUCAUUGGCCCCACAGUGCACAUCACAUGAUGGACUAAGGUCCUCUCUACUUCCUGGGGUGCCGCCAAUCAUCCCGGAGGGGUAGCGUCAUUCCCAUGGUGUCCUUCACACGAUUGACUGGGGGAACCGUCAAUCAUCCUAGAGGGGGAGUGUCAUCAGCCACUUAGUGCCCUUCAGAAGAUGGACUGUCCUGCCCAUCACACAAUAGACUAGGGUCCUGCUUACUUCUCACACCCACUGCCGUUAGGACAUUAUAGAUAAUUAUGAGGACAUCACAGGACUCAUCAGCCUUAUAUAGAGAGAGUUGUGUCAAGGUCCUAAUCUAACAUUCUGUGUUGUGCCAGUCAUGUACAGUGCAAGCUCUCCUAAUUAGGCUGUGGUUCCAGCUUCCCACACCACCUCCACUGUGAGGACAUUCUGGAUUAUUAUGGAUCCUCCUACAGUAACUGUACCUCCUGACAUUUUCAUUCUGUACAGAUUUGGUUCAGGCUAAAAUACUGUACAGUCCAAAUAUAUAAACAUUUAAAUGUUAAAUAUACAUAUGUGAUAUGAGCUACUUUUCUAAUCUUUAUGUCAACAAGGUUGCCUACGCAGAGCCAGAACUUGUGACGUCACAUCUCAACGCUAAACUGGAAGUCCAGCUUCAUCAAGUUGAUUCAAAUGUUUUUUUUAUUUAACUAGGCAAGUCAGUUAAGAACAAACUCUAAUUUACACCACGGCCAAAUCCUCCCCUAACCCGGAUAAUGCUGGGCCAAUUGUGCGCCACCCUAUGGAACCCCCGAUAACGGCCUGUUGUGAUACAUCCCAGAAUCGAACCUGGGUCUGUAGUGAUGCUGCGCCACUCGGUCCCCCCGUAUAGUGGUGGAGGCCUUCCAGGAAUCAGUUAAGGGGAUGGAGACAACAGAAGAGGCAAGGGGAAUUUGAUGCAACAACCAAAAUGUACCAGAAAGGCAACACUCUUCUCUUGGGUUUUCAAUUCAACAGCAGUCGGAAUGUUGUCCUUGUUCAGUACUUAUUGUAGUACACCUGUUAAUCACUAUAAACACCUUACUUUUUAUAUACCAUGUGUUGCUCCUGUCAAUGCUUUACCUACAUGUCAUAUCAAGGUCUCGUCUGCCAAGUCUAUAGAAGGUUGUGACUAAUAAAACUAUUUCAACGCCA